UACCAGUCGGCGCUCCUCGCCAUCACACUCACACGGUCACACAACCAAGUAUCCAUCUAGCAACACGCAAUAUCCUCCCCCCUCCCACCUCAGAAUGACAGCUGAACAAUCCCUCCGCUUCUGGGACAUCACCACUCGACCCCCCGCCGAGAAGACAUGCUGCGCCCCCAACCCCUGGAAAGCCCGCCUCGCGCUCAACUUCAAGGCCGUCCGCUACGGCACCACAUGGACCCCCAUGACAGACAUCACCCGGGUCCGCACCAGCCUCGCCGUGCCUCCCGUGCGCAAAUUCGCCGACGGUAGCGACUUUCACACCUUACCCUUGCUGUACGACCCGGCCACGGGUGACUAUGUCGGCGACUCCUUCGACAUUGCCGUCUACCUGCAGAAACACUACCCGAACGAGGGCGCGGGUGACCUGUUCCCGCCCCAGCCCACGGCGGCGCUGGACUUCACGGUGCCCCCCGACGCGGAGAUCCUCAUUCCCCUCACCGAGGCCCGGCCGGGUGACUUUCAGGACUAUGCGCAGUUCAACGUCCACGUCGACGCGGCGUUUACGCUACAUGUGCAGCUCGCUAUGGACGGGUUCCCGUUUGACCCUGCGACCGAGGAGGCGAGCAAGGCUGUGUUUACGGGGCGUGCGGGCGUGCGCGCCUGGGAGGAUCUUUUACUGACGAGCGAGGCGCGGGUCCGGACGCUGGCGUCGUUCGAGCGCAUGCUGGGUGGCCUGGCGGUCCUGUACAGGAGGGAUGAGAGCGGACCGUUUUUGCUGGGGACCAGGGCGUGCUUUGCGGACUGUAUCGUCGGCGGCUGGCUGCGCAUGAUGGCUGCUACGCUGCCGGGGAAUGAGUGGGAGGCGCUGAGGAGCUGGCAUGACGGGACGUUUGGGCGAUUGCACGAUGCACUGGAUGCGUUUUCUGCGGUCAAGUGAGUAGGCAUCUGGAAAGCAGACGAUGACGAAGAUGAUUAGAGCCUUUCUCAUUUUCAGCUACUGCCUG